AUGGCGACCGAAUCAUUAUCCGAUGUAAUUUUUCGCGUUUAUUCUAUGAACGAUUAUGAGGAAAAUCUAUCUGAACUACACGAUCUAUUUCAACGGUGUCAGUACACGAAUCGGAAAUUCGUAACGAUGGGUGCCAAGGAUAACUUACCUGUUCUAUUCCAUUGUGAGACUACUGACUACCUACAACCGAUGAAACAGUAUCGCGAAUCAUGGUGCUUUGCACUAGUGCAAUCUACUAACAAUCGUGUUUUAUCUACUUUGGUGUUUAAUAUUAAAACUGUAUAUUAUGGACAUAUUCCAGUAACUGCCAUAUGUAGUCGAUUGAUGCGUGUUGAUCCCGAUCAACGACGACAACAGCGUUCGAAAGAACUAAUUCAGAGAGCUAUCGAAUGUAUUCAGGAUCCACUUCCAGACAUAGUGCUAGGCUAUACGGCUACUGCCAAUAUAGCAUCACUGAACUUGCAACAGAAUUUACUUGGCGCUCCACCUGACCGAGCCGUUUUGUUAGAUGCUUUUAUCCUCUCUACCGAAGCCGGUGCUGCGACAGCUAACUUUCAUAAACUGAAUAAGGCAGAAACAGAACGUCUUUGGACAAUUGACAUGAUCGAUUGGGUACAGCGUCCAGAACUCUCAGACCUGCAUUAUAUUAUGCAACAGAGUGAAUAUGUGGGCACUUUUGUUGUAGGCGACUUUAGUUCACGACGAUAUACUGCGGCAAUGAUAUGGGAACCGGCAUCGACUACACUCCAUGAUGAUCGACUGGGUAUCAGCAAUCCGUAUACGGGUCGACUGAGAAUCGCUAUGAAUUUCUUCCAAUCCUACGAUCCCACGUCGAUCGAUGCUAUCAGUGAAAGAGAAAAUCUUCUAUUAGCAUUGAAUCAUACAGCUGCUGUUGCUGGGAUACCGUUUAUGCUAUGCUACGCCCAGCAAACAUCACCAUUUAAACUUCUAUUCGAGCAACAAUCAUUAGGCGUAGUAACACAAAUUGUAUCGGGAAUUCCUACGUCAGAAUAUAUGAUUAAUGUAGUUAAUCAGUUCAAACAUUCACCUAUUUGGUUCGAUCCACGCGAUAUGGGACCUCUGUUAUACUUUAAAGCUUUAUCAAAUAAAAUUCAAUCACAAAUUCCAUUUAACAACCUACGACAACGCGAAGUAUACAAUCAGGAAUGCAUCAGUGAAGCGGAACUAGAAAGAAAGAACGGCCAAGCACGUCUCUGUUGCGAAACUACACCUUUACCGAUUCCUAGUACAGAUUUUCCUCGAGAGUGUGGUAAACAGAAACACCUACCAUUGCUACAACGAAUCGUUGGCGGACAAGAUGCGACUAUUUACAGUUGGCCAUGGCAGGUCCUAUUACUUAGUAGUGAUCUUCAAUGUGGUGGUGUGCUUAUCGAUCAACAGCAUGUGCUAACAGCUGCACAUUGUAUUACAUAUCCAAUUGACCCGACUGACUAUGUAAUCACUGUGGGUUUGCAUAAGAGAGAGUCAAUAGUUAACAAAGGAGAAGAAAUUGUUGCCGAAAACAUCUGGGUACAUGAGCUAUACAAUAGUAGCACUCUAGAAAACGACAUAAGUGUAAUACGUUUAUCCAAGCCCGUUCAGAUUUCUGACACAGUCAAUGUUAUCUGUUUACCAGGCGCGCAUGUUGGCACAGCUGUUAAUAAAACAGUCUGGGUGUCCGGCUGGGGAAAAACAUAUUACAAUGGGUAUACAAGCUCCGUUCUCAGACAAACCUGGUUAUAUACAAUGGGUGAUAUGUGCAAUACCUACGUUACAAAAGUUUUUGAUGAAGAUAAACAACUAUGUGCGGGAAGAUAUACAACGUAUAGUGCUACAUGUCAAGGAGAUUCAGGUGGUCCUUUGAUGUAUGAAUCUAAUGGGCAAUGGUUUUUGAAUGGAAUCGUAAGUUAUGGCCAAGCUUGCGGUUCAAGAGGAACUCCGAGUGUUUACGUGAAGCCAAUGGUCAACCAACAACAGAUUUGUUCGACAUCAUCAGAUGCAAUAAAAAAUAAUCAACGUUCUAUUGAGAUCUAUCAGCUUCCUGUAAUGAACAGAGUAGAUUAUCGAUCACAAAUGAAAUUAAUUAAUCAGUGUACUUCAUCCUAUCCACCUGGUAUCACAACGCUCCCAUCAACCAAUUCUACAAAAAAGAAACCUGUAGUGAAAAAUAUGAAAACAUGGAAAAAGCAUAUGAAACCUUGGUCUAUUUGUCUUUGUUUGAUACUGACACUCUUCCUUUUUCUAUGUAUGGUAUUGGGCAUUUUUGCUUUGAUCUCUUUACGUAAAAUCACAGCUGCAUCAAUCACGGCCGCGCCAGGUAAUUUGCAUUUCAUUCGAAUUCAGAAGUUUACACAUUAUCUAUUAUUAGGAUGGUCAACAACUAAUAGUUUAACUAUUGCCCGAACGCAACAUACAGCAUCUCAUUUAUUAAAUGGGAAAGUACUAGUUGCUGGUGGAUUCAAUGGUACUAGUUUAAGCAGUGCUGUACUGUACGAUCCAUCCACAGGAUUAUGGACAACUACAAGUGAUAUGAAUUAUGCGCGACGUUAUCAUAUAGCGUCUGUGCUAGCUAGUGGAAAAGUGUUAGUUGCAGGUGGAUACAAUGGACUGAGUUUAAACGCUGCUGAAUUGUAUGAUCCCUUAACAGGAUCAUGGGCAAUUACAGAAAAUAUGACUUAUCCUCGAUAUGCACACGCAGCAUCUGUAUUAACUGAUGGAAAAGUAUUAGUUGUUGGUGGGAUUAACGGUGUUAUGUUAGGUACUGCUGAAAUAUAUGAUCCAUCUACUGGAAUGUGGACAACAGCAGGAAAUAUGAGUUAUCCACGGUACGGACACGUUGCAACUGUAUUAACAAAUGGAAAAGUACUGGUGACUGGUGGAAAUAAUAAUGGUGCAGUUUUAAACAACGUUGAAUUGUAUGAUUCGUCGUUAGGACUGUGGACAAUUGCUGCCAAUAUGAGUUCUGCUCGAUAUUAUCACAGUGCAUCUAUAUUAAGCAAUGGAAAAAUAAUCGUUAUCGGUGGAAUUAACAACGGUGGAACUUUGAACAGCACCGAAUUGUAUGACCCAUCAACAAAUGUGUGGACAGCUACUGGUAGUGUAAACUAUUAUCGAGCUUAUCACACGGCGACUUUGUUAACAGAUGGAAGAGUGUUAAUCGCUGGUGGCUCUAAUAAUAUUGGUUAUUUGAAUAGCGCUGAGAUAUAUGAUCCCUCUACAGGACUAUGCACAGUUACUGCCAAUAUGAGCUUUACUCGUCGUGAACACACAGCUUCCAAACUAACCAAUGGAAAAGUGUUAGUCACCGGUGGCAUCAGUAGUACUAUUUUGAAUAGUUCAGAGCUCUAUCAUCCGUGA